AAAGUUUUUUUGAACAACAAACAUGGCGGCCGCGGGUCCGUGACAGCUCGGCUAUGGAUGUUUUACAUUAACGGCUCCACAAACUGCGUUUUUCUGGGUUCUAAACGGCGCUGUGGCCGGUUCUCCCCCGGACAUGGAGCCGCUGCCCUUCCCGGAGAUGGAGGAGCAGGGGUCGGGCAGGAAGGUGUCGGUGGUCGGGUCCGAGCUGGUGGAGAACUACACGGUGUACAUCAUCGAUGUGACGGACGGACAGCACCGGUGGACCAUCAAACACCGCUACAGCGACUUCCACGAGCUCCACGAGAAGCUGGCGGCGGAGAGGAAGGUAGAGCGGCGUCUUCUUCCUCCCAAGAAGAUCCUGGGGAAGAAUUCCCGGAGUCUGGUGGAGCGGCGGCAGAAGGAGCUGCAGCUUUACCUGCAGACGCUGCUGCUGCAGUUCCCCGAGAGCACGCCGGCUCCGCUCAACGCCUUCCUGCACUUCCACCUCUACGAGAUCAACGGCAUCACCGGGGCGUUGGCUGAGGAACUCUUCCAUAAAGGGGAGCAGCUGCUGCAGGACGGCCAGGUCUUCUCCCUGCGUCCCCUCCAGCUCUACUCCGUCUCCCAGCAGCUCCGUCUGGCCAAACCAACCUGCUGCAACGGAGACGCCAAGACGGACCUGGGACACAUCCUGGACUUCACCUGCCGGCUGCGCUAUCUGAAGAUCUCGGGGACCAGAGGUCCGGUAGGAACCAGUAACAUCGAGGAGAGGAGUCUUCCCUUCGACCUGUCCGUCUUCAAGUCUCUGCUGCAGAUAGAGAUCAGCGACUGCAGCUCCCAGCAGAUCCGGGGUUUGUCGUGUCUCCGGUCGUCUCUGGUCACCAUGAGCGUCCACCGCUCCACCGACGCCAUGAUGUCCAUCCUGGUCCCGGAGGCGAGUGAGUUCUCCCAGUGGGAGCCCCAGGGGGCGGAGCCUGAGGGGGCGGAGUCUGUCUGUCCCGUCACCGCCGUCAUCCCUUUGUGGAGGAACCUGACCACCCUGGACAUGAGUCACAACUGUAUCAGCACUAUCGACCAAUCAGUGAAACUGAUCCCCAAGGUGGAGUUUCUGGACCUGAGCUACAACCAGCUGAGCUCGGUGGAGAACCUGCAGCACCUGUACAACCUGGUCCACCUGGAUCUUUCCUACAACAGCCUGAAGGUUCUGGAGUCGGCUCACACCCGUCUGGGAAACAUCAAGACCCUGAGUCUGGCAGGAAACCAGCUGGACCAGCUGGGAGGACUGGGGAAGCUGUACUCCCUGGUGGACCUGGACCUGAGUCACAACCAGCUGGAACAGCUGGAGGAGAUCAGGAACAUCGGCUCUCUGCCGUGUCUGGAGAAGCUCAACCUGUCCAGCAACCCCAUGGUCAUCAUCCCGGACUACCGGACCAAAGUCCUGGCCCAGUUUGGAGACCGGGCGGCAGAGGUCUGUCUGGACUGCAGAGCAACCACGGAGAAGGAGCUGGACACGGUGGAGGUUCUGAAGGCCAUUCAGAAGGCCAAGGAGGUCAAGGACCGGAUGAGCAGCGGAGAACGGAAGAUCAGUGAGGACACCAGGCCGUCUGCAGCUCCUCACCUGUCGUCCUCCUCCUCCACCUCCUCCACUGCUGCUGCUCCUGCUUCCUCCUCUUCCUCCCAUCCGGCCCCUCCGGCCCAGCAGGCCUCCAGCCAAGGUAACCAAGUUCCCAGCUUCCCGGCCGUGAGGCUGCAGGACUGGGGGUCGGCUAAGGUCAGGGAAAGAGCCGAGUCGUCGCCGCCCCCCCCCCCUGCCACCGUCACCACCAGCACCCCCCCCGCCCAGGAAGAACAACCUGCCGUCCGUCUGCAGGAAACAGGACGAGCCGGAUCUCCCACCAGGACUUCCACGUCCGUCUGCUCCGUCUGCUCCUCUUCCUCCUCCGAUCCCCCGGUACCGCUCCGCUGCUCCUCCUGCUCCUCCUGGUGUCCUCUGGUCUCCUCCCGUCUGUCCUCUCUGUCCUCCAACCAGGACUUCAUUACCCAGCUGUCCCAGCGGCUCGGCUCCGCCCCCUGGGAGGGGAGGAAGAGGAGGGAGGAGGAGGAGGAGAAGGAGGAGAAGGAGGAGAAGGAGGAGAAGGAGGAGGAGAAGGAGCUGAGGGAGGACCGAUCUCACCUGGAGGACACGGAGGUGGACAGUCCCAGUUCCGGGUCCAGGGACGGCUACUUUGAGAUGGGUCUGGACGACUCUGUGGAGGAGCCGGUCGGCUCCGCCCCCACGUCGCCCCCCGUCGCCAUGGAGACGGCCGUUCCUCCAGAGGAGGACGAGGAGCAGGAGGAGGUCCGGGUCAGCAGGGUUCUGUGGUGCUGCUGCGUCCGCGUGGACCUGGACCUGGACCAGGACCAGGACCAGGACCUGGACCAGCUGGAGACCAGGGUGGGGUGUCUGGUUCUGACGGAGCGGCUGCUGGGCCUGCUGCACCUUCCGCCGGGCUUCACCUGGACCAAUCAGGACGCAGGCGGACCUGACCCGGACCAGAACCCCGGUCCGGACCAGCGGCCCGGUCCGGCCCUGGAACCCCUGCUGUCCUCCCUGCAGCUGGACUUCCUGGUCCCGUACUCCCAGGUGGUCCCGGGGACCCGGGCCGAGCUGCCGGACUCCCUGCUGUCCCUGGGGACCCGGACCGGGCCCACCGGCGCCGGGCCGACCCGCUGGUACCUGUUCUCCCAGAACCAGGAGAUCCAGGAGACCAGAACCAGACUGGAGGAACUGAUGCAGAACCAGGAGGUUCCCUCUGAGACCCGGAGCAGCCCCGGCCCCCCCGGGCCCCCCCCGUCCCUCCUGCACCCCUGGGAGCUGGAGGAGAGCCGGGGGGUGGGGGGGGCCCACCCUGCCCUCCUCCGGUCCCCCGGCCCCCCCUCCCUGCUCUUCCUCACCCCCCGGCACCUCUGGGUGCUGCAGCUGGACCUGCGGGUGCUGGCGGAGGAGGAGAGGAGCCCCGACGCCCCCCCACCCCCCCAGUCCUGGGGCCGGCUGGUCCGGGUUCCCCUGGGCUCCGUGGUGCUGCACCCGCGGGUGGGGGGGCCCUGCCCCGACCCCCAGCACCCACACAGGAAGGGCCAGGCCCUGCAGCUGCUGCUGGGGGGAAGGCGCCGGCUGCUGCUGCUCUUCCCCCUGGCCGGCGGAGCCGCCUCCUUCCUGGGGGAGCUGAGCCUCCGCAGGGCCUCCCUGGAGGGCCCCAGGGUGCUGGCGCUGCCGCCGCCCUGCUGCUGCCGGGGCGACGGGAGGCCCCGCCCCUCCGGCAGCUGGGAGGAGAACCAGCCGCCCCCCCACCUCCUGCAGGGCCUGGAGGAGAACCAGCCGCCCCCCCACCUCCUGCAGGGUCUGGAGGAGAACCAGCCGCCCCCCCACCUCCUGCAGGGCCUGGAGGAGAACCAGCCGCCCCCCCACCUCCUGCAGGGCCUGGAGGAGAACCAGCCGCCGCCCCACCUCCUGCAGGGCCUGGAGGAGAACCAGCCGCCCCCCCACCUCCUGCAGGGCCUGGAGGAGAACCAGCCGCCCCCCCACCUCCUGCCGGGCCUCCCCCCGGCCCUGAGGCUCCUGGCCGGGAUCAGAGGGAAGCAGCUGCUCAAAUACUUCCACAAAUACGUGGCUCUGUCGGAGCAGGAGCAGCUGAGGCAGGUCCUCUGGUUGUCCAUCGUUCUCUACAAGUCUCCAGAAACAGAACUGUCCUGCUGCCUGCUGCUGUCCAGCGACGCCAUCUACUUCCUGCUGGAGGAACCGGCCUCCUCGGACCUGCACCCAGGGUUGGACCUGGGAGACCUGGGGGACCUGAGAGACCUGGGGGACCCGGGAGACCUGGGGGACCCGGGAGACCCCGGAGACCCCCGAGACCCCGGGGACUCGUCCCCGUGUCUCUGCUGCUGCCUGUCCAUCCGCCUGUCGGAGCUGCUGGCCGUCAACGUGGGACUGUUUGACCAGUAUUUCAGGAUCGUAGGUUCCUCUCCAGACCUCAUCGUCUGUUGUCUCAGCAGAGACGGUUAUGGAACUGCCGUCUUCCUGCAGGAGCUCAUGGCAGCUUUGGGACCGCACCAGCAACUUCCUGCCCCGGAGCCGUCGGACCAGGACUUCUACUCCCAGUUCCCCCACGGGGGGUCAGGGAAGAUGCAGAACUACGAGCUGAUCCACAGCAGCAGGGUGAAGUUCGUUUACCCGAGCGACGAGGAGAUGGGAGACCUGACCUUCAUCGUGGCCGAGAGGAGGACGAGCGGCGCCGCCAACAUGGCCACCGCCAGCGCCGCCAACAUGGUCGCCAGCCCCGCCAACAUGGCCGUCAGCGCCGCCAACAUGGCCGCCAGCGCUGCCGGCUCCUUCAACAUCCUGCUGUACCUGCUGGUGUUCCAGGUCCAGACCCCCGGCCCCCCAGGAUCAAGGUCCGGCCCCCCGACCCGCCCGGUCCUGGAACCCCGGACCCUGAUCCUCACCGGCACCGACAUCUUCCUGCUGGACGAGGACUACGUCAGCUACCCGCUGCCCGACUUCGCCAAGGAGCCCCCCUCCAGGGAACGGUACCGGCUCCGCGAGGCCCGGAGGAUCCGGGACCUGGACCGGGUCCUGCUGGGCUACCAGACCUACCCCCAGGCCCUGACGCUGGUGUUUGACGAGCUGGGGGGCCCGGACCUGCUCUGCCGCCUCACCCUGGACCACUUCGGGGCUAGCGCCGCCGCCGCGGAGGCCCAGGCCGGGGGCGGGGCCUCCUGCAGCCCCCCCGGGGGCGGGGCCUCCCGGAGCCCGGGGGGCGGGGACAGGGACGAGGUGCAGUGGUGCGUGUUCGUCCCCGGGGCCGACAGCAGGGAGCGGCUCAUCUCCCUCCUCGCCCGCCAGUGGGAGGCGCUGUGUAGCCGCGAGCUGCCCGUCGAGCUCACCGGCUGAUUGGCCCCCGGACGGCGGAGGGGGCGGGGCCAGAGGGGUUUGUGGGCGGAGCCAAGUCGGCUUUGAAUCUUCCUGGUGACAGGAAGUCCAGAAGAUAUUUCUCUGUAACUCUGUCCCCUGACCUCUGAUUGACCUUUGACCUUCACCAAAGGGACAUUUAUUGAAGGAUUGAAACAUGUUGUUUUUACCACCAAACUCGUCUCUGCGUUUAGGGGGCGGGGUCAGUCCGAAGGGGCGUGGUCAACAUGAGGGUCGGGGUUUAGUGAGUGAAGCUGUGACAUCACAAGCCCGGGUCAGAGUCAUCCGCCCCCUCGGGGAUUUACCUCCAUUAGGCUCCGCCCCCUCGGGGAUUUACCUCCAUUAGGCUCCGCCCCCUGAGACGAGGCGUCUGGGGGACUUUUAUAAAACAUUUACACUCGGAAAACUGUUGGCUUUAAAAACACAAUACAAUAAUAACAAAAACAACAACAAGAACGACGACGACUGCUCCAGGAAUCUUCCACCUUUUAUUUCCACUUUCUCGUUUAUUUACGUUGCGGCAGAGCUGAACUGUUUUCAUGUGAUCAGGGAGAAGAGACACUUUAAAGGAAUUAUUAUUAUUAUUAUUAUUAUUAUCAUUAUUAUUAUCAUCAGUAUUAUUAUUGUUGUUAUCUGCUGUUUUUUAUUUGAAAGACUUGACUCAGACUGACGGCGUGUUGUUGCCAGCGGGGGGCGCUAAAGAGUUUUGUUCCUGCGUCUGUAAAUUUGCUUCAAAACCAAAAGUCCUUUAAUGUUUCAUGUUUGUUUGUUUGUUUGUCUGUUGUCUCUGACGAGACGUUUCCCCACAACGAUCGAAACAUCUCAACCCCAGAAGAAGAGCAGUAUUACGGACUGUACUUGAAGCUCUGUUGCUACGGCGACGACGUCGGGACGUUUCUGUCCUGAAAUAUAAAUAUAAAUGUUCCAGUUUAUCUGGAGGUUUUUAAACUUUGUUUAAGCUUUUCUUUGUUUUACUCCAUGUUUUUGUACGUCGUCGUCAUCCCUCGGGGGCGUGGCCGUCCCUCGGGGGCGUGGCCGUCCCUCGGGGGCGUGGCCGUCCCUCGGGGGCGUGGCCGUCCCUCGGGGGCGUGGCGGUCCCUCGGGGGGCGUGGCCGUCCCUCGGGGGCGUGGCCGUCCCUCGGGGGGCGUGGCCGUCCCUCGGGGGCGUGGCCGUCCCUCGGGGGGCGUGGCCGUCCCUCGGGGGCGUGGCCGUCCCUCGGGGGCGUGGCCGUCCCUCGGGGGGGCGUGGCUCGUUUCUGUCGUCUCGUCUGGAGGACGAAGCCGCUGAAUUAAAGUGAAAAUGAAAGUUUCCAA